GUAUAUAUAUAUAUGCAAAUCAAUUGUGAUAAUUGCUUUGAAAGAAAUGAACAGAUUUUACACAAGUAUGAUAUUCAAAAGCGUUAACAGGGCACACAGUAUAAGCACCUACCCAUCAAAAUAGAUGUCAGUUUAAUCUGAAUAAAGACUAUCUGUGAACAAUUUUUCUACCUCUCCUGGUAAGAAAUCAUACUACUGCUGGUUCUGUGAAGGGAGUAUAUCUGUAGACCCUAACUUUGAUUAGGGAAGUGAAGCAAGUGAUAACUGAGCUGAGGCAAAAGGAGGAGGAUUUAGCCAGGGCAAGGGGUGGGGGGAGGCGGGGGAGAACAUUUUAGGAGAGGAAACAGCAUGUGUGAAGGCCCUAAGGCCCUGCUCCCUCAGGCCAUCCCAUCAAGAGCCACAGGGUUAGUGGAUAGGUAGGUAGUAGGCGAGUCACUAAUGCCUAGUGAGCAUGCUUUGAAACUAGGUCAGGGAGAAGGUAGGGUAGUGAUAUGAUCUGAGUCACUACUGCUAAUACCACUACUUGCUAACAUUAAGUGAGUGCUUAUUAAGUAUACUAAGUUUACUUUUCUUAUUUGGGCCUUACAAUGACUUUUUGAGGUGUCAUUAUUCCCUUUCUACCUAUUUAGAAACUUUGGCACAGGCAGGUUAAAUAACUUUCCCAAGGAAGCACAGGUAAUAAAGGAUGGGGCUGAGAGUUUAACCCAGUCACUGCUCUUCAGCAGCAAGAUGUAAAUUUUGAAGAGAUCACUCCGUGGAAGGAAAGUGGAUUAGAGCAGGUAAAUGGAAAUGGGGAGACCAGUCAGGAGGCUAUCACAGACAUCCAGGAUUCUAGGCCUAACUGAGUAACAGAUAAUUGAAAUGCAGUUCAGACCAAUUGGGGCAAAAAAGGGGACUGUGUUGGCUUACAUAACCAAACUAGGGCAUGGGCUGGGGUGUGAAUGACUGAAACCAAUGACAGGGGGAUGCCUCCCCAUCUCUUUGCUUUAAUUUCUCAGAUCCAGAUCCCUUGACAUGAUAGGAAAUGGCCACCAAUGGUCCCUGCCCUCACAUAUCACAGUGUGUCCAAGAGAGAGGGUCUGAGUCUCUUCCUUUAAAUUCAGUUUUUAAAACCCCAGGACAGGGCUCUGAUGGUUUAGGUACCUGCCUUUGUGGUGAGGAGGUGGUGUGCGGCAGGAUAUAAUGAGAGCAGCCCCCACCAGAACCAUAUGGUUAGUAUGGGGAAGGAACAGGUUUAUCAAAGAAAGGGAGUUUGUUCCCCAGAAAAGGAGGAUGCUAGACAGAUCAAACAAAAGAUGUCUAUUACAUCAGGGAACAGAAGAUAGCCACUUGGACCAAAAUGGUGGCAGCAGAAAUGGCAAAAGUGUGCAGCUUCAAAAUAUAUUUUGGAUACUCAGAGAGGAAGAUACUAUUGAUUUCUGGGUUCUUCAUCAAAUAUUAAGUAUACACCUAUUAAGUGCCAGACACUUCUGGGCAGUGGGUAUACAGUGGUGAACAAAAUUGACAUGGUCUCUGACCUCAUGAAGUUAACACUUUAGUGGAGGAGACUUACAGUUCACAAGUAGCCAAACCAAACAGUAUGAAGUUACAAAUUGUGUUAAGUGUUAAAAGAGAAACAAAAGUGCAAGGACAAAGAAUAAUGGGAGAGACCCACUUCUGUGGUGACUUUUUUUUUUUGGCCACGCAACGCAGCUUAUGGGAUCUUAGUUCCCCGACCAGGGAUCAAACCCAGGCCCUUGGCAGUGAUAGCAUGGAGUCCUAACCACUGGACCACCAGGGAAUUCCCUGUGGUGACUUUUCAACUGAGGCCUGUAGGAAAAGUAGAAGAAGGCUCCAGCAGUGCAGCUGAAUUCCAAACAUUUCUAACAUGCCUCCUUUAACAAGGAAGAGCAAUACAGUUUUAGGAAAUUCUUUCCCUCCCUAUAUUCCAAAAGUGGUCCUGAAUGGCUAAGUCAAUCAAAGUAAACUCAUCACUCUUAGCAUUACUGGCUCAGGAUUGCCUAAACCAUGCAUGAUAUUCACCUUGUGACAGUUAUAGGUUUAGGAGUUAACAUAUGACCUAAAUUGGCCUUAUCAGACCAAAGGGAAGGACUUCUGUUCCAUUGUGGAGACAGACAGUGCUCUCUCCCACUGAUUUGAAUAAGGAUUCACAUAACCCUUACUGCUUUUGGCUUCUAUGACCUUGAAGGACAAGCCUUAGGUUGAAGCAAAGUGAGUGGCAGGAGGAAACUUGGUCCUUGAUGAUGCUCUUGGGCCACUGAAUACAUCAACUAUAAUAUUUUUUCUCUCGCUGAGCUUCCUGCUAUGAGAACCACCAUAUGUAUUUGUUUUUUGUGUAAGCUGCCUUGAGUCAGAUUUCUGUAACUUCUGCCAAAUACAUUUUAAGCAAUACACAAACAAUAGAAAUAGCAUAUGCCAAGGCCCUGAGAUGGGGAAAAACCUUGAAUAAUUAGAGAAAUUACAGGGAUCACAUAAUGAAAUGAUCCAGUAAGAUUAUCUUAAAGUGCAACCAGCCCUCUCCAUGCAUAUUAAGAUUCUAGUCAGAUUUUAGUGCCUUGCUUGCAGAGAUGAGUAGAUAGCUGAGGAUCAGCAAGCAUUGGAGAAAACACUUUUAACAUAAAAAUAGGCCAAAACAAAACAGAAACAGAAAAUAAGGUCUUAGAGGAUCAGAAACAAUUCCAGAAACAAAAGAAAGUGGGAGGGGGACUAUAAUUAGUACCCUUAGAAAUGAAGAGGAUAUUGAACAAAAACAGGGGAGCUAUAAAAAACAAACAUUCAGAGAAUAAUAAAGAGCUCUUGGAAAUUAAAAAUAUAAUAAAAGCAAUGGAAGAUAUAACUUGAAGAAAUAGUCAAGAAAAUUGGGCAAAAAGAUAGUGAUGGAGAGGAAAAAAUUUUAAAAUUAGGCAAUCAGUUCAGGAGGUCCUACAUCUGUAUUAUAUGAGUUUCAGAAUGAGAGGGGGCCCACUGAGUGGCCAGCACAAAGAAUAAGAAAAGAUCGAUGCCACAACAUACUAGAACACUGGAGUCAAAGAGAAGAUCCUAAAGGUUUCUGAGAUACAAAAUAGGUCACAUACAAAGGAUGAAGAAUCAGAAUGACUUCAGACUUGUCAGCAGCAACACUGGAAUCCAAAAGACAGUGAGUGAUGUCAUCAAAUAUCUGAAGAAAAAUAACUAACAACCAAAUGUUUUUUACCCAGCCAAGCUAUCGAUUAAGUAGAAUAGAAUAAAGACACACAGUCUCAAAGGACUUAUCUACCAUGCACCCUUUCCAGGAAGCUACUGGAGAUGUACACCAAAAUGAGGAGGUAAAUCAAGGAAAAAGUAGUAGAAUUCAGGAAAAAAGGGCAUCCAAUAUAGGAGAUAAGGAAAUCCCAAGGCUGUUUGAAGGGAGACCCCAGGAUGAUAACUUUGCAGCAGGCUUAGAGAAGCAACUAUUUCAGAGUGGAACAGGAGAAUGAAAGGGUCUGGAGGUAUAUAUCUAAGGAAAAAAAUGGAAACUUAUAAAACUGAUGUUUUAUAACUGAUAAAAUUGAUAAUAUAACUGAUUAUAUUUGAAUAUAUGAGGAGGAAAUUUCCACUUCUAGAGGAGUAUAUUAGAAUUAAUUGAUAUUAAAAAAGAAUUAAUUGAUAAUAAGUACAUACAGGGGCUUCCCUGGUGGCACAGUGGUUAAGAAUCCGCCUGCCAAUGCAGGGGACAAGGGUUCAAGCCCUGGUCCGGGAGGAUCCCACAUGCUGCGGAGCAACUGGGCCCGUGUGCCACAACUGCUGAGCUUGCGCUCUGGAGCCCACGAGCCAUAGCUGCUGAGCCUGACUGCCGCAGCUGCUGAAGCCCACACGCCUAGAGUCUGUGCUCCGCAACAAGAGAAGCCACCGCAAUGAGAAGCCCACGCACAGCAACGAAGAGUAGCCCCCACUCCCCGCAACUAGAGAAAGCCUGUGAGCAGCAACGAAGACCCAACGCCGCCAAAAAUUAAUUAAUUUUUUAAAAGUCAAAUUUAGGGGGGCUUCCCUGGUGGCGCAGUGGUUAAGAAUCUGCCUGCCAAUGCAGGAGACACGGGUUCGAGCCCUGGUCUGGGAAGAUCCCGGGAAGAUGCCGCAGAGCAACUAAGCCCGCGUGCCACAACUACUGAAGCCCGUGAGCCUAGAGCCCGUGCUCCGCAACAAGAGAAGCCACCACAACAAGCAUGCACACAGUAACGAAGAGUAGCCCACACUCUCCACAACUAGAGAAGGCCCGCGCGCACCAACAAAGACCCAACGCAGCCAAAAAUAAAUAAAAUAAAUAAAUUAUUUUUAAAAAGUCAAAUUUAGGGAGUUCCCUGGAGGUCCAGUGGUUAGGAUUUGGUGCUUUCAUUGCUGUGGCCUGGGUUCAAUCCCUGGUGGGGGAACUAAGAUCUCAGAAGCCGCGGGGUGUGGCCAAAAAUCAACUUUAUUGAGGUAUAAUUUACAGACAUUAAAAUAGAUACAUUUUAAGUGUGCAAUUUGAUGAGUUUUGACAAAUGUAUGGAUAAUUUGAUUUAGGGUGAAGGGCAUUAAGGUCAUCCGGGAUUAUGCCCGGCCAGGGAUUUAGCAGAGGUAUCCUAGCUAGGAAAGAGAACAACCCCAGGGCUCUUGGGAGACAUACACAAAGAGGGACAAGUGGAGACACCAAGGGCCGACAUGAGAUUGGUCCUGGGGUUUCACUGCACCAGGAUCUGGACCUCCAGAAUGUCUGGAAACUUCAUGGCACCUCUUGGUCCUCCUGAGGGAGUGAGCCUGCUCCCUUUCACACCAGUGUCCACCAAUCUCACGUGUAUAGGCCAGGAAGGGAGACCUGGGACUGAGUUCUCCCUCUCCUCUGGCCUGCAACUUUCCUGCCACCAACCACGGCCCCCAUCUCUGCCCAUCGAUGAGGGGCACUCCGGCUUGCGACAGCCAAGCUUCACUGCUGCCAAAAACGGGGCCUGAUUUUCUCUCUCUCCAUUCAUAGAAACCGGCUUCGGGUUCGCCGCAGUACGUCGGGCAGGGAAAAGCAAAAGCACUAGGCCAGGUGUUGGCAUCGGGAAACCACCUUCGGGUCCGCCAGCCUCCGGUCCCUUGGGGCUCUUGGCGUGAUGGGCUGGGCCCGCCCAGCAAUCAGUCGCUGUCGCUGUCUCCCGCCCCUCUGCGUCUAAAACUCUCGGGGGGUUGCAGGUUCAGCUUCACUUAGAGACCGAAACUCUUAAGUGUUCAGGUUAGGUGGAAAAACUGAGGCAGGACUGGGGACUCUGGUGAGAGGUCUGAAGCUGGCUGCAGACUUUCUCCCCGGAACUGGGAGAGCACCUUCCGAAAGCCCAAAAAGCGCAUGCCAAUCCAAGAAGAAACCGCUGGGGUCGGUGCUAACAUCUGGGGGAGAGCGAAGCGCCGCCCAAGCGAACGGGAAAUCCCAGAGGUGGGGCUGGCUGUGGGUGGGGCCUGGGGUGGGGUCCCGGCGGGGGGCGGGGCCUACCUGGGCUACCGGGUGUGCCAGCCUAGCCCUGCACAGCGGAGGUGGUAGUGGCCCUGGUCUGCGGCUCCCGUCCUAUUUGCUCUGAACCUCGCAGCCAUGGAGGGACCCCAGGAGCUUCUGAGUGGGAAGCUCCGGCUCUGCUUAACCCCCGCUGCCCGGACCAGCCUCCUCCUGCUCCGGCUCAACAACGCGGCGCUGCGGGCGCUGCACGAGUGUCAGCGGCAACAGGUUCGGCCAGUGAUUGCUUUCCAAGGCAACCGAGGGUAUUUGAGGCUCCCAGGUCCCGGCUGGUCCUGCCUCUUUUCCUUCAUAGUGUCUCAGUGUGGCCAGGAGGGCCCUGGUGGUGGCUUGGAACUUGUGUGCCAACAUUUAGGCAGAUCUGGGCCUAACCGCCUCCACUGCCUGGGUCCACUCAGGGAGCGCCUCACUGUUUGGGCAGCCUUGGAUUCUAUCCCAGCCCCAUCUUCAGUUCAGAGACACAACCUGACUGAAGAUGCCAGAGAUCAUGAGAGCUGGCAGAACAUGGGAGACUAUUCUGCAGGAGACACAAUUUCACAGCCACAGAUGGCACUAGAAGAGGUGCCAGAUCCACUGGCAAGCAGCCAAGGACAGUCACUCCCAGGAUCCUUGAGGGAACACAUGGCACAGUGGGAAGUGAGGAACCAGACCCAUCUUCCAAACAGAGAGCCUGAUCAGGUACUGCCUUCUUCUGCUAGCCAGAAACACGUGGACAAGAAACGUCCAGCACCUGCAGCUACUGUAAAACGAAAAGAAAAGAGGCUCAGAUCUCUGUCUCUAGCUCCAAGUCCCCUACAAGGGCUGCCUAGUCAGGAGCUACAGGAGGGAGAAGAUUGGGAGCAAGAAGAUAAAGAUGAAGACAUUAGCUCCAGGCUGGUGCACAGUCCCUCAGUUCAAGCUGACUCUGAAUCCCCAAGCCCUGAAGAGGUACCAGAUUACCGCCUGCAAUACAGGGCCAUCCACAGUGCAGAACAGCACCAUGCUUACAAGCAGGACUUUGAGACAGAUUAUGCUGAAUACCGCACCCUGCAUGCCCGUGUUGGGGCUGCAAGCCAAAGGUUCAGAGAUCUGGGAGCAGAGAUGAAGAGCGCUCAACGAGGAACUCCAGAACACAAGAUUCUGGAAGAAAAGAUAGUCCAGGAAUAUAAAAAGUUCAGGAAGCGGUACCCAGGUUACCGGGAAGAAAAGCGCCGCUGUGAGUACCUGCAUCAGAAAUUGUCUCACAUUAAAGGUCUCAUCCUGGAGUUUGAGGAAAAGAACAGGGGCAGCUAAAGAUGACAGAGAGCUCUUUACCCUCUGCCCAGUGUGCUAUGAAGGAACAAGGCAGCUAUUAACUAGAGUACAAUUGUCUGCUCUUCUUAUUGCUGAGUCCAUGGUGGGAAGUAGGAGAGCUGCUCUAGGUUCUUAAGGUUUGGUUUUCAUAUUGCCAUAUUUAAAUUUUUAGGGCAUGGGCACAGUGCCAAGACUCCACAGCUGUGCCCAGGCGACUAGGAAAAGUGGCAGAGACUUGGCUUCUCCACCUUUAGUUCAGCCAAGUUAUUUUUAAAUCCUGAGAAAUGAUACCAUUUCCAGGACAAGAUACCUUGAGAACAUCAGAAUUUACUUGGUAGCCUCCCUGAAGAAACAAUGAAAACUUUUGGUAACAGAACUAAAGGAACUUGUAAUACAAUUGGACAUAAUGGGAAAGGGCUUGGGUGUUACCCAUGUACUGAAAGUGAAUUCUUUUACAAACAUGGCUAAAAAAUUAAAACUGAUUGCUUCUAUGUCAAGUUUGUUUUCCUUGAAUCCUCUUACCCUUGGCUGUGUAUAUGAACCAGUUCUGGGGCUCCCUAAAAAAUCAGAUCCCCAGAUCCCAGCCGGGGUCUUAUGAAUUAGAAUCUCCAAGAUUAUGGUUAGGCAUCUUUACUUUUUCAAAGCACUAUGGAUGAUCUUGAUAUAUAUUUUGCUAGGAGGCUCUGUCAAAUCUUGUAAUUCAGUGGUCCCCAACCUUUUCGGCACCAGGAACCGGUUUCAUGGAAGAAAAUUUUUCCACAGACUGGGGCGGGGGGUGCAGCGGCGGUGGCAGUGGUUAAGGCGGUAAUGCGAGCCAUGGGGAGCGGCAGAUGAAGCUUCGCUCACUCGCCCGCCGCUCACCUCCUGCUGUGCGGCCCGGUUCCUAGCAGGCCACGGACCGGCCCAGGGGUUGGGGAACCCCUGUUGAAAUUGGUAACUAGAGGAUACAGUAGAAAUAAAGCUCUCCUUUUCCAAACAUGGAGGCUGAGGAUCACCUGCAACUGGGGCUCCUAUCUGGAAUUAUCCAGUAACUGAAAACUAUAACUGGAUAGGAUUUGGAUUUACCCACAAAAAGGAAGAGGGACGUGGUUCAAUUCAUUUGAACCAAAGAUCACACCAGUCGUAUCCUUUUCGUUCCUCACUGUUGCAUAAGAAAGUGGAUGUUUCACUCACAACAAGGAAUGAUACUGCCUUUCCCAGUUCCGCUGGAGAAGGAAGUUAAUGACCACACCCUGGGCUUUGGGGGAGAGAGCUGUACCCAGCAGUGUCAGCAAUUCUUGAAACAACUUGGAUGGAACCCCAACCUGAUGCCACACCCACACAGGGCAUUUCUAGGCAGAGAAUAGCCCUUGGGAGAUAUAAACAUGCUCAGCUGCAUGGCAAGGAUAAAUAGCAAUCCAUCCUUAGGGCAUGGGCAGGCCAGAAACAGCCCAACAAGAAAGGUCCCUCACCUGUUCUAAUCAUCAGGCUAGGGUCCUGUGCAAUAAACACGUGAGGAUAGAAAGAGAUGAAAUCUGGAAAGGAAUUACAGGUGAUAACUGGGUCCACACCCAGUACAGUACAGCUGUAUUGACCAUUAUGGCAGUCACUAGCCCUACGUGACUGUUUAAUGAAAAUUUAAAAUAUGGUUUCUAGCUACAUUUCUAAUGCUCAAUAGCUACAGGUAUUGGGCAAUGAAGGUUAUAGAACAUUUCUAUCAUAGCAGAAAGUUCUACUAGACAGUUCUGGUCUAGAGAACCUCUGCUUCCCCACUCGUGGAGAAAAGACAGUAUAAAGGGGGCGCAUUUAUUGUCG